UAUUUCUCAAUUUUUAAACAAAAUUAUGUUUCAUCCUUCUCUCAUGGGGAUAUUGUACUUUUCAUGUGUUUAGCUGUCCACAAAUCAUAUCAGAUUUGCUCCGGAUCUGGUUUGGUUCACCAGUGGAAGUAUAUAAGGGUGCUUUGUAUUGUCGUUUUUAAUUUUUUCCUCUUUCUAUCUUGAAUAUCAACCUUUAUCUUCCCCAUUUUCUAUCUCAGUUCAAGCCGACAAGAAACACUUACCCCUUCGCUUCCAUCUUGAGCACAUGUCUUGACAACCGGAAAAAGGGAGUAUUAACAUUUUUGUUCCUCCAAUAUUCUCAAGAUUGUGUUCACACUAAUUUCAAAGCCUUUAAGUAGUUACUUUCAGGUCCGUAAACAAUGAAGGCCCUUAUGAUAGUUCAAAUGAUACCCAAGUUGUAAAUGUUCAAUCUGCCAAUCCUAUAGCCACAAUAGCCCCAACAAAUUGUGACAUGAAUUGUGCAACUAUUCUUGAUAAGGAAACGACUGAUACCUCUGCUCGCCAACGCCACCGUGCCUUCAAACAUGAUGAACCCUCGGUGGCUACCUGUAACAAGGCGGUAACCGGGAAUGUAGCUCAUGAUCUAAUUACGUGUGUCCAAACCGGAAAUCAAGAUCUUCUUUCUAAUCCUAUCACUCCAGAUACUACACCGGCCCCAAAAUUGUCCUGUGAUGAAAUCAUUUCUGAGGAUAGCCUAUUUUUAACUCUUUCUGUUUCAGUGGAGAUGCCAAGUGUACUGCUUAUGGCAGCUGUAUGCAAUGUCCAAAUUACUUCAGUGACGGUGUGAUGAACAGUGCUAGCUGGAUUUUUGCUAAGCUCGUAUGCAUCAUGGCGGUUAAACAAAUGGCUGGAAGGACAUAACAUUUGGAUGCUUGUGAUGUACUUUAUGUGUUUCCAGAACCUAUGUAAUGACUACUUUAUGUU